UGGCUGGUUAGUACACCCUAGAUACCACAUGGAGCGGCACUCCGUGCUUGUACAUGGACAUGUACAUGCACACGCAGAUGACGACCACACACGCCCGCCUUCCUGCUGUGCCUGUGCUGAUCAUGAUGGACAGGGUUGUCGUCCUCUCCGUCCUCUUAGUCAACGCUCAUACCUGGGGGCUCAACUCGUCAUAUGCUGUCUUUCUCGCUUAUUAUCUGCGGUCGGGCUCCAUUGAGGGUGCCUCCGCUCUUGGGUUUGCCUUUGUAGGCGGGCUGUCCAUAUCCAUCGCUUUGCUGGUGUCACCCAUAGUGACUUGGUGCAUUGGCCGGAUCGGAACAGCCUCCACUCUCCGAAUAGGUGUCGUGUUUGAGGCUGCGUCUUUUAUUGGAGCUUCAUUUUCCACCCACCUAUGGCACCUUGUCCUGAGCCAGGGCGUGUGCUUCGGUUUAGGGCUGGGUUUCAGCUUCACCGCCACGGUUGGCGUCGUCCCGCAGUGGUUCACUAAACGGCGUUCGUUUGCCAACUCGGUAGCCACCAGCGGCUCCGGCUUUGGCGGGCUCACGUACGCGCUGGCCACCAACGCCAUGAUCUCCAACCUCGGCCUGGCCUGGGCAUUCAGGAUCCUGGCCAUCUUGGCCUUUGUUGUGAACGGAGCCUGCAGCUUGACCCUGCGUGACCGGAACAAGGCGGUCGGUGCCAUUCACACGCCCUUUGACAGGGCCCUCUUCAAACGCUUCGAGUUCUGUCUGUUUAUCAGCUGGGGUCUCUUCAGUCUCCUGGGAUACGUCAUCGUUGUUUUCUCCAUUACGGAUUACGCCCAGUCAGUGGGCUUUACGGCGAGCCAAGGUUCACUCGCAGCUGCGUUAUUUAACCUGUCCCAAGGUGUCGGGAGACCCCUUAUAGGCUUGGCUAGUGACCGGCUCGGUAGAAUCAAUGUCGCUGGCAUUGGUACUCUGAUCGCCGGUCUAGCCGCCUUCUUCCUGUGGAUCUUUGCUGGGAGUCACUUCGCCGGUCUCAUCAUCUACGUGCUCUCUGGCGCCUUUGCCGGCAUCAUCUGGCCCUGUGUUGCCCCCGUCGGGGCCGAAGUGGUUGGCCUGCAAUUGUUACCCUCCGCUUUGUCCAUCUACUGGCUUGUUUUGGUUCUGCCCGCAACCUUUGCCGAAGUGAUUGGCUUGAGUCUCAAGACCUCCGGCAUGGAUGCAUAUCUGAAUGUCCAGGUUUUUACCGGAUCCAUGUAUACCGCUUCCUUUAUCUCCUUAUGGCUCCUGAGAAGCUGGAAACUGCAGCAGUUGGCGCUGUUAGGGCUGGAUAAUGACCAAAAGGGCGAGGCAAAACAAGUCACCAGAACGGCUGGGGGAAGGCUGGACUCGCCGCAAACAUCUGGAGUACAGGCCUAUUUGCGCGGGAUGGUUGUGGUUAAACGGGUGUAAGACCGAUGCGGGUUCAUACGCCCGAUCCUGGCCAUUUGCAAUAUUGUAUGUAUUGAGCCUUGGAUGCCAGGAGUUGCCAUCUCAUGGCGACCCGGAGAGAAGUGGAAAAC